CCGGGAGACAUCGAACGCGGGGCAUGUACCGGCACACUCUAGGAGUGUGAUUGUUGCAAGGAUUUUUUGACGCUUGGGCCAGUUCACAGUUGCUACACGUCUACACGUCCUAUACCACAUCAUCAUCAUCAUAAUCAUCGAGUGGCGGGACUGGGCUGUUGGGGUGGCGCGGCGCGGUCUCUGGGGUAUUGCCGGCGCCGCCCCGCCGAACGCUGUCAGGCCGCCGCGGCGAUGAACGACUCGGCGCCGCCGGCAGUGCAGAUGCUGAAGCCCAAGGUGGUCUCCGAGGUGCUGGGACAGGCCGUCACCGACGGAGUGACAGGCGCCAUACUGAUGAACCUGGAGGGCGCGCCUCUGGCGUACAGCGGCGGCGGCUCGGAGCAGCAAUGUGAUGUGGUGGCCGCCAUCGCCUCCAAUAUCUGGGCUGCCGGCACCAAGCACGGACUCACCGUGUUUGAUGAUCAGCUGGCGCUGCAGCUGUUCGAUUGUGAGGAGGGCCGCAUGUGCGUCUGUCCGGUGACGUCUCUGCUACUGUGCGUGUUCGGCGCGCGCACCGUGCCGCUGGGCAUGCUGCGGGCCAAAGCCGAGGCGCUGGGCGGCUACCUGUCGGGGCCGCUGACGGAGGUGGCCGGCGCCGACUGACGCCGACACUGGCCGGCGCUGCCUGCAGCUCGCCCUGCCGCCGUGCCGGCUAACGAUGGCUGCUGAGCGCAGUGCUGCCGGCGGUGGUGAGCCGUUCUACGAUGGCACCGGCGGCCGGUCGGAGCCGCGGCGUCCCUGCAGCCGGCGGCCCGGCGGUCGGAGCCGCGGCGUCCCUGCAGCCGGCGGCCCGGCGGUCGGAGGGCACGCCGUCACGGCCGGGCGGCCCGCAACAGGGCAGGUGCAGCGCCGGGCGGGCCGCAGCUGACCGAGCGUGGCCACCGCGUGCUGUGUUUGUUACCCAGGGCUCAGUGUAAUCGCGCGGUCCGGGGACCGCUUAUAUAAUGGGAUAAACUCAAAAUUUUAGGUACAGAGGUAUACCCGCCAGUGUCUAUUGUUCCUUGAUACUGCUAUCCUAUCCUGUCCUGGACAUAGGUACAGUAGUAGUGCCGCGUCAACUUUGAAACUGGUCUACUCGCUUAGCUUUUUUUUACUUGAAAAUGAUUUUGUCAUGUUUAUUGCCUUUUUAUUUCGCUAUAAGGGCGUUUCCUCAUUGCGGACGGGUUGGAAAAGUAUAUGAGUGAACGUAUUAAGCCUUCAAGACGAUACUAGAAUAUGUCGGGUUAAGGCUCACGUAUGUCGAUGUAGAGCUCAAUAAAUGUAUUGCUGCUA